AUGCGGGCGGGAGGUGGGUACCUCGGGCGGGCGGGGGGUCGGGUGCUCCUCCCGCUGCUGUUGAUCGCCACGACGGUGGCAUUGCUGCCGCGGGCGCUCGCCCUCACCGACGCCGCCGACGUUUCUGCUAUAAAUGGAUUGUAUGUUGCACUUGGGUCACCAGCUCUUCCUGGAUGGACUGCAAAUGGUGGAGACCCCUGCGGUGAGAAGUGGCAGGGUGUUGUAUGUAUUGGCUCAAAUAUAGACGCAAUAAAUUUUAUUGCUGCAACGAUGGGAGGACAGCUGGGAAGCCUAGGGAACUUCACAGCUAUAACCACAAUAAAUCUUAGCAACAACAAAAUCACCGGAACUAUACCAGAUGAUCUACCUGUUACACUGCGGAAUCUUUUUCUCUCGGACAACCAACUCACUGGAAGCAUCCCCAUGUCGCUAUCAAAACUUAACAGUUUAACAGCCAUGUCACUCAAUGAUAACCAUCUCGAUGGACAACUACCAGAUGCUUUUGGCUCCCUUGUUGGACUUAUAAACCUGGAUAUUUCUUCCAACAACUUCAGUGGUCCAUUGCCAACUUCUUUGGGAAACCUGUCAUCACUAGUUACGCUGCGAAUGCAAGAUAAUCAACUAUCUGGGACCCUGGAUGUGUUGCAGGGUCUUCCCCUCGGUGAUUUAAAUAUAGAGAACAAUUUAUUUUCUGGACCGAUUCCUCCAAAGCUACUCAACAUACCAAAUUUGAAAAAGGAUGGGAACCCAUUUAAUACCAGCAUUGCUCCUUCCACGUCACCCUCUUCAACACCGACAGGCCCUACACCGACACAAACACCAUCAUCUCCUUCAUCCCCUUCAGGAACUCCUUCAUCGUCUAAUACACCCUCGGGCUCUUCUAGUGGAUCCACAGCUCGAGACAGCAGAUCAUCCUCCGGGAAACACAAGUCUUCAACCCUAAGGACCGUUGGAUACGUUUUUCUUGCCAUUGUGCUGUUCAUAAUUGUUGUGCUGCUGGUAAUCUUUUGCCUGUCCAAGUACCAAGAGAGACAGAGACAUGAUUAUACAACAAGUCAGGUGGGAAGGGUGCACCAAAGAGUUGAAGAGCCUAAAGUCAAGCAAGCUUCAGCACAGUCAAGGAACGACGUUAAAAAAGGCUCAGCUGGGGUUGCUGACAGGAAGCCUGUUCGUGAAAUAAAUUUGGCCAUACCAGCUGCUCUGGAGAAGCCUCCUGAAAAGAGAGAGGAGCGUGUAAUUAACUUGGAGCGAACAGAGUCGGAUAUUUUUGCUGUGGAACCUCCACCACCUCCACCGCCGCCGCCGCCACCACCACCAGUGUCCCCACCACCACCUCCACCACCACCGCCGCCGCCGCCAGUGUCCCCACCACCACCUCCUCCUGUUGAAAAAGUGAUUGUUAAUCCUAUUGUUAGGCCAGAAAAAAGAGCUAGCACCCCACCAAGGGCAGGUCCCUCGACAUCUGCAACAUCCUUUUCUGUUGCAACACUUCAGCAAUAUACAAAUAGUUUCGGAGAGGAAAAUUUAAUAAGAGAGAGUAGGUUGGGAAAAGUAUAUCUGGCAGAACUUCCUGAAGGCAAAUUACUGGAAGUUAUGAAGAUAGACAAUGCCAAUGGAAGAAUACCAGUAGAUGACUUUCUAGAGCUGGUUGCGUGUAUAUCAGAUAUUAGACACCCUAGCAUCCUUGAGCUUGUUGGAUACUGUGCAGAAUAUGGACAGCGGUUACUUGUUUAUAACCACUUCAGUAGAAAAACACUACAUGAUGUGUUACAUGAAAGAGAGGAUCUAGAUAGUGCACUGUCUUGGGGCGCCCGUCUCCAGGUUGCUCUUGGUUCAGCAAAAGCCUUAGAGUAUCUCCAUGACACCUGCGAGCCUCCAGUAGUGCAUCAGAAUUUUGAGCCAGCCAAUGUGCUUCUUGAUAAUAGAUUCUCAGUACGUGUUGCUGAAUGUGGACUGUCUGUAUUGACGUUGUCAAGUUCUGUUACACAGUUGUCUGGUCGCAUGCGGGCACUACUAAAUUACGAGGCACCUGAAAUCCAGGAAUCUGGAACUUUUACUGAUCGAAGUGAUGUUUACAGUUUCGGUGUGGUGAUGCUAGAACUUCUUACUGGUCGUAAACCAUACGACAGUUCUCGUCCGCGACAUGAACAUCAUCUUGUUAGAUGGGCCCAGUCUCAGUUUCAUAACAUCGAAUCACUAACAAAGAUCGUUGACCCUUCUAUUCGUGGAGAGUGUUCUGAGAAAGUGUUGUCUCGUUUUGUCGACAUCAUCAGUCGUUGUAUUCCGCCGGAACCAGAAUUCAGGCCGCCAAUGUCUGAGAUUGUCCAAGAUCUAGCGAGUAUCUUAAACGCUGCUGGUGAGGAAUCAGAGUGA